AUGGCUUGGAAGUCCCCGGUCCUGCUGCCAUGGCUGGUCCUGGUGCUGCUGGUGCUGGGGUUGGUCCAGCCUUCCCUGGGCAAGGAAUCGCCGGCCAUGAAGUUCCAGUGGCAGCACAUGGACUCCGGCAGCUCCCCAAGCAAUAACUCCAACUACUGCAACCAAAUGAUGAUGCACCGAGAAAUGACCCAGUGACGGUGCAAGCCGGUGAACACCUUUGUGCACGAGUCCCUGGAAGAUGUCAAAGCCGUCUGCUCCCAGAAAAACAUCCCCUGCAAGAAUGGGCGGCCCAACUGCUAUGAGAGCAACUCCACCAUGCACAUCACAGACUGCCGCCAGACAGGCAGCUCCAGGUACCCCAACUGUGCCUACACGACCAGCCAGAAGGAGAAACACAUCAUCGUGGCCUGUGAGGGGGACCCGUACGUGCCAGUCCACUAUGACGGUUCUGUGUAG